CAUGGGCCUACGCGGCCUUCGGUUCAAAAAAAAAAGCUUGGGAUGAUUGAUUCCCCAGUAGCUCUCACCACGCCACUGCCGUGCGCCCGUGCCGUUUCAUUUCCCCGUCACACACCUUUCGCUUUCUCCCAGUCCACACCCCCAACUGCCUCCCCACUUCGCACCGCCACCGUCUCCCGACCGCGACGCCGGCGACCUCCGCACCGCAUCGCUCCAGCCGAUCGUUCCGAGAUUUGUUGAUCAAAGAACCAUGGAAGGAUCGUUCCAGUUGAAUCCCAACGCCAGUCCUUUCAUACCUGGAUUGCUGGGUUCAUCUGCACAAAAAGCCCCAGAAAAACAAGGAGGUCUUAUCAUUUCUGCAGGGUCAUCAUCAAAGGGAGAGCCUUCUGGUAGCACCUUUGAUCCUUCUGAGUAUGAGGAAAAUGACAUGGAUGAACUUGCUCUAGUCAAAAUGGUCUUUUCAAUGUUCCCAAAUGUCUCCACGGACUUCAUUGAUGAGUUAAUCAAGGCAAAUGAUUUUGACAUGAAUCUGACUGUUGAUAUGCUUUAUGAGCUGAACUCACAAGAUAUGGUUCAUGAUGAUUCUGAGGUUAUCAAUCAUUUUCAUGAUGAUUCUGAGGCUACCAAUGACCUUCAUGAUGGCAAGGGCGUACCUGGUGCUGAUUACCACAAGACUGUGGUGCCCGAGAGUAGCAGCAACAUGAAUCAAGACCUGCAGAACGAGGAGUCAGCAACAACUUCUGAUGUGAAAUCUGUGCUGCCAAAGUUCUCACAGAUCAAUUUGCUUCACAAUGACCUGGGCCUGCCUGAUGAUGAUAAGUCAGCGGGGACUUCUAUUGCAAAUUGAUCUUUCAUAUCAAGGCGCUCCGUUUGACCCGAGUUAGUGGGUUAUGGUGUACAUACUAGUUGCACCCAGAAGUAGAAGUGUGGCUUGGAAGGUCAAAGCAGCGGAAGCAACUGUCCCAUUUCCGUUUGCCGGACCAGUUAACUGUUUCUGGUGGUUAUCCUGACUUUGAAAUCCCCUGUUCAGCUCCUUUUGGGCCGAGUAGUUAGGUAUUUCUGGUGGUGGUUGUCAUGAGUUUUUACAUCUAGUUCGCUCUUCAAGACUGAGUAGUACUUGGUGGUCAUCCUGAUUUUGCAUGUCAGGGUUAGCUGUGUUGGGUUUGGUACCCAGUUAGUACAAACAAUCCAAGUUAUGGCGUGGCUGUCCGUUAUGUGUGAUGUUGUGGGAGGGUUGCAUCCA